AAGAAGAGGAGUUCAAAAAUCCAAUUCGUGCCAGAUACGAACUUGAAGGACAUCCAUAUUUUUCAUCAUCACGUCUUUGGGAUGAUGGAGUUAUUAAUCCUGCGGAUACACGUAAGGUUCUUGGAUUAGCACUUAGUGCUGCUCUAAAUGCAUCAAUUGAAAAAACACAAUUUGGAGUGUUUAGAAU